GUCAAAAAGCAUUCACUGCUUUGUUUUGAUUUCACAGAAUUAAAUUCGUGUUAAUAUUGUAUUUUGCUGGAAAUUCGACGAUAAAAUCAAGCAAAAUGAUGAACCCUCAACCAACACUUUACGGCAUCCAGAGUACGGCCGGUGCCGUACCGGUAAGGAACCCAAAAGGUGAAUUGUCGAUGCAAAAGGUGAAAGUGCAUCGUUACGUAUCGGGAAAGCGUCCGGAAUAUGCUCAGUACGCGAGCAGUGACGAGGAAUCGGACGACGAUGACUUCAUGGACAAUCGCAGGGCAGCGGCAGCGGAAGAGCACAAUCGUGAGCAGCGUCGUCGGGAGCGUUCGCCAGCGGAAGACGAUGACGCCCUGCCGGAUGAUGUGGACGAUCCUCGCCUGCGUCGUUUGCAGGCUGUUCGUGCUACCGAGGCCGUUGAAAUUGAGCGGGAGAGACGCGAACGGCAUCGGGUAAUCCACGAACCGGAACUGGUUCAGUCGGACGACGAGAAGGAGCAGGAGGAGGAAGAAGAGUCAGCUCCUGUUGAGGAAGACCCAAGACAGCAUUUACGCCAUCGAAGACGACCGGAGGAAUCGGAUGAUGAUGAGGAGGAGGAAGAUGAAGCUGCGGAGGAUGGUGAAGGGAUUAGUUUACGGCGGCGUCGAAUCUCCGUUGGUUCCGAAUCCGAGUCUGAAGCGGAACUGAGCGAUUCGGAAAUCGAACGUCGCCGACAGAUGCUUAAAAUGAGAAUGCUUCAGCAGAAACGGGAGGAGGAAGUGCUGCAAAAGGAGGAUGAGGGCCAGUCGGAAACGUCCGAGUCCGAGAGUUCGGAGUAUGAAGAAACGGAGAGCGAAGAGGAAAAUGAACCUCGACUGAAACCGUUGUUCGUUCGCAAGAAGGAUCGCACCACUGUCAUCGAGAAAGAACGAGAGGCCAACAAGCAGAAGCAGUUGGAGUAUGAGGCUAAGAAAGCUGCUAAAGACCGUCGUCGUCAGACGUUGAAAUUGGUAGAGGACAGUAUCAAGAAAGACAUGGAAAAGGUUAAGGUGGAUAAUGAACCCAACCUAGCGGAUGUUAAUACUGAUGACGAGAAUGACGAGGUUGAGUAUGAAGCUUGGAAGUUGCGUGAGUUAAAGCGAAUCAAGCGCGAUCGCGAAGAGAAGGAGGCGCUCGAAAAGGAGAAGAUUGAAAUUGAACGCUUGCGGAACAUGUCCGACGACGAACGUCGCCAGGAGCAGCGGCUUAACCCGAAGGUCAUCACAAACAAAACCGUUAAGGGUAAAUACAAGUUCUUGCAGAAAUACUACCACCGGGGAGCAUUCUAUCUGGACAAUGAGGAUCAGGUUUACAAGCAGGACUUCUCAGCGCCAACGCUGGAGGACCACUUCGACAAGACGAUUCUGCCCAAGGUCAUGCAGGUCAAGAACUUCGGUCGCUGUGGUCGAACCAAGUACACUCACUUGGUGGAUCAAGAUACUACGAAAUUCGACUCGCCCUGGUUCAAUGACACGGCUAACAACGUCAAGUUCCACAACGAGCGGGCGGGCGGAAUGCGGCAGGUGUUUGACAAGCCUUCUCUGUACAAAAAGAAACGCGAUAUGUAAUAUAUUUUUCUCGUGUAUUAAUGUUAAAUGAAUGUAUUAGCAAAUAAGGUUAUUAUAAAAAUAGAGGAACAAAGAGAAUAAAUUUACUCACUGUUUGUGCGUAGUCGUCACAAAAAUUUGCAUAUUUCGAGAGAAAACUGCAAGCACUUGUAGCAAAUCGUGCUCGCUUUUUUGGUCGAGAUCCUAAAAGUGGAAGAGUAUAAACUUUAGCUUAGGCUGUAAUUUA